AUGGCGAGGAUUGGAGGUAUUCUUGUUUGUUUAGUCAUUGUGGGCUUAGAUGUAGCGGCUGCAAUCCUUGGAAUCCAAGCAGAAGUCUCCCAAAAUCAGGUGAAGCACAUGAAGCUAUGGUUAUUUGAGUGCAGAGAGCCGAGCCAAGACGCGUUCAGGCUAGGUCUAGGUGCAGCCGCGAUAUUGGUAAUGGCUCAUGUUCUCAUCAACUUGGUCGGAGGCUGUCUUUGUAUUUGCUCUCAAGACGAGUUUCAAAGAUCUUCUUCCACUAGACAAAUCUCCAUGGCUUGUCUCGUCCUCACUUGGAUCGUAUUCGCCGUUGGAUUUGGGAGCUUGGUGAUUGGGACGAUGUCGAACAGCAAGUCAAGAUCCUCUUGUGGAUUCACACAUCACCAUUUUCUCUCCAUUGGAGGGAUCUUGUGUUUUCUUCAUGCCCUCUUUUGUGUCGCUUAUUACGUUUCUGCCACUGCGGCUAAAGACGAAGCUAAGUGA